GCCGCCCACGCUCGACGGCGCGGACGUGUCACGCCUGGUGCGCACAGCUCUCAGCGCGGCCGGGCCGUGCGCCCGGCGCCUCCCGCGGCGCCUCUUGGCACGAACACGACCCGAUCAAGCCAUGAGGUAAAGCCAUCGCGAGUGACACCGCCUGUAAUUAAGACUGCGACACAUUGGGCGAUUAAUCCUUAAAUGAGAACCGACGCGCCGACCCACCAACAUGGCCUCAUUCAAAGACUGGCUAACGGUGACGUGGGCGCAAGGCGGCAUGCAACUGCAACCUGGAGCGGGAGACGACGCAGACAUGAAAGCCAGAUGCGGUCGUGCCGGCAGCCUCGCCGCAACACCUGGCGAGAAGCUGCUGGAGCUGCUGCGGCCGAGCGCCGGCGCGCCGCGGCGGCACUCCACGGCCGCGUGCGCGCCGGCGCAGCCCCCGCGGCCCUCGGGCUUCGUCUACUGCCCGUCUGACGCGCUGCCCUAUUGCCCGCCGUCGCGGAUCGCGCCGUCCCGGCCUGUACUCAAGUUACAACCACCUCCACAAAUUAUUCAACCUGUGGCAGUCCCGCCCCCGCCGGUGCCGCAGCGCACGGCGCCGCCGGCGCCUCUGCCGGUGCCGCCGCCCGCGCCGCCGCGCCGCUCCUCCCCGCAGCCCCCGCGCCGCCUGCCGCCCCCCACGCCGCCCAGACCUGCGCCCACCAGUCCAGCCACGGACCCAAACGGCAACAAGCGAACUGCAUCCGUUUCACCUCAGCCGCGACUAGAUUGCAAUCGCAACCCUCAACCACAAGUCCCGAGAAGACCAUUAAAAAGUCUACCGGACACACCGUACACGCCAACACCUGCCCCGAUCCCUACGCAAAAUCAGACGAUGAAAAGAUCUCCCAGUUCAGGAUCGAAUAUAAGUGUUAGACAAGAUUCGAAUGUAUCCUCGGACUCGUUCAGCCAAACCUCGUCACCGUCUUAUACGACGAAGACGAUGGAAGCUCCUUUGCUACCUCACCAACAUGUAAACAAAAGCUUAAAUGCUAAGAUAGCGAGAGGUUUAAUGUUGAAAGAACAGCAGGAGAAAGAGGCGGGUAACUCGUCUAUAACCAAGAGCAUGUCGACUCCUGCGUCGCUGCAGACAAUAGUUCGCUUCCAGAAUGGCAGCAACAUGUCGCUACAACACCGGAUGCUACGCGACAUGCGGGGCGUGAGCAACGAGGGCUCACCGCACAAGUUCCGCGUGAUGCAGCUGGCGCUCAACGCCGUCGCUCUGCUCGCCAUCACUGGGGCGCUGUUCGCGUACUUCAGGGCCAACCCCGCUGUGCAGUACGUGUCGCAAGUGGUGAACCGCAGCUCCGUGGUGACGUUCCCAACCCCGACAGAACCACCCGGCUCCCGGAACCCGGCGCCCGGCGUGUGUCUCCCCGUCAUCGUCAGCUUCUGCCAGCAGCACCGCGUCUCCUACAACUUCACCGUCUUUCCGAAUUACAUCGGCCAUUUUGGACAGAGGGACGCACAGCAGGACCUGGAGAUAUACGACGCAGUGGUGGACGUGCGGUGCUAUGAGCUGACGGCGCUGUUCCUCUGCUCGCUGUUCGUGCCCAAAUGCGGGCCUCUCGGGCACAUGGUGCGCCCUUGCAGGAGCCUUUGUCAAGAAACGAUGCGUCGCUGCGGGUUCUUCCUCGAGGUAUUCGGGCUGUCCAUGCCCGACUACCUCCAGUGCGAGAUCUUCCCGGAGUCCACCGACACCGACGUCUGCCUCGGCAACCGCGAGGUCAAAGAAGCGAAGUUCCGCGCUGCUAAACCUGUAUGCCCCACCGGCUUCCAAUGCGACGUGAAGCGCUGCAUCCCACACGACUGGCGCUGCGACGGGCACGUGGACUGCCUCGACCGUUCAGACGAGCUCAACUGCCGCACGUGCAAGAAGAACGGCGAUGUGCACUGCGGGAACAACCACUGCAUCUCCCAGAGCCACAUGUGCGACGGACACUCCGAUUGCCCCUGGGGACAGGAUGAGAGGAACUGCUUGCGACUAAGCGAGAUGAAUGGCGACGUGGGCCGAGGCGAGCUGCAGGUGUUCCGCGCCGCCAACCAGUCCUGGUUCCCGGCCUGCCUCAGCCCGCGCACGCUCGACGAGGGCACGGCCACCAAACUCUGCUCCAUGCUGGGAUAUUCGCACAUGAACAGCAGCGCGACCGUAGCCGGCGCCGGACCGCGCGCGGGUCGCAUGCACGGCGCCUACACAGGCGCGGCGCGGCAGUACAACUCGUUCCUGCGCAGUGAAGGCGGCCUGCUACGAGAACUGCGCGAGUGUGGGCAAGACACCGCGCACGUCAAGCUCGUCUGCGACCAAUACGAAUGCGGUCGCCGCCGUACGCCGCCGAAGGGCACAAAGCGCAUCGUGGGAGGAGUGGAGGCUACUCCGGGCGACUGGCCGUUCCUCGCGGCCAUCCUCGGCGGACCUGAAGAGGUGUUCUACUGCGCCGGAGUCCUGGUAGCUGACCAGUGGGUGCUUACCGCUAGCCACUGCGUGGGCAACCACUCGGACGUGAACGGGUGGACGAUCCAGCUGGGCAUCACCCGGCGCCGCUCGCACGCCUACUACGGCCAGAAAGUGAAAGUGCGCCGCGUCGUGCCGCAUCCGCUGUACAACGUCGGUGUCGCUCAUGACAACGACAUCGCCUUAUUUCAACUGGCAGUCCGAGUACGUUACCACGAGCACUUGUCUCCGGUCUGUCUCCCACCAGCGGACCGCGUGUUGCCGUCGGGCACUUCCUGCACUGUCAUCGGCUGGGGCAAGCGGGAUGACAAAGACAUGUCGGAGUACGAGCCGGCAGUGAACGAGGUGGAGGUGCCGGUGCUGAACCGCGACCUGUGCAACCAGUGGCUGGAGCACCGCGACCUCAACGUCACCGAGGGCAUGAUCUGCGCGGGCUACCCCGAGGGGGGCAAGGACGCUUGUCAGGGAGACUCUGGGGGUCCAUUGCUGUGCAAGGACCCGAGCGACUCGUCGCGCUGGUACGUGGGUGGCAUCGUGUCCUGGGGCAUCAAGUGCGCGCACCCGCGCCUGCCCGGCGUCUACGCCUACGUGCCCAAGUACAUCUCCUGGAUACAGCGCCAGAUGCAGCUCUACAAUGACGACUCCGCGCGCUCCGAGGACAUUUGAGUAACACGACGCCCCCACUCGCACAAGAGGGAAGACUCCAACCACAUCAGCCGGAUUCUGACCUUACGCUAACCAAAGUAUUCACUAUAAAUUGAUAGAAGUUUUAUAAAGCGCCGCACGGCGCUCGUGAACUACGACAAUAAAAUAAUACUGUUGACAAUAAUUUUCGACAAGAAUGAAAUGGCUAAUUAUUUUUACAUAUCACUCGAUUAUCGUGUGAGGUAAAUCUGAAGCUGUGAUAAUAAGCCGUGUAUUGUGAAUGAGACCUAUCGUAUUGUAUUCAACGUUUACUCAUGAUGUCUGCUCUUUUAAACUCUCGAUACUUUUUCUCGGGGUUAUAAGUCUUAAGUAAGUCCUAGAUAUACAUAUAUUGAUUAAUGUGAGUGUUGGAUGUCACCUGCAGCUUACGGUCAAGUAGGCUCGUAAAGCUUUAGCCUAAUCUUUGAAAGGAUUUUAUAUGGCCCUUGAUUUUUUCAUUUCUAUUCAGUGUUGUUGGACGUUUAGUCUCGAUUAUAAAUUGAGUGUCUGUUUGUUUGAUGUUUGGUGUUAGUAGUCUAGGGAAAAGUGCUUUUAUAGAUUGGAAGUAAGUGUAAUUUUGAUUUAAUGAUAGUAGUCUGAUGUAAUAGGUAGAUCCUCGAGUAGAUCUCUCCUGUUGUUCGCCAUAGCAGACUCUAUGUGUACCGUACCUUCCACGUAAUGUGGCUACAUAGAUGAAUUGACAUAAGUCACGUGUUACUUCAAGCGCACUUCCCUCGUACUAUAUAUGGUGUUUAUAAUGUAAUAUUAAUCGACAAUAAUAUCCUUGAAAUAAUGACAAUACAUUAAUUUUUCGACAAUAUAUUUACAAAACUUAGUUUUAGCGGUAACGAACUGUACAUUCUCCUAGUAGUUACAGGCAUAAUUUGGAAAUCUGAUAUUUAAAUACUAUUUACAAAAUUUAUUUUAACUGUUUAGUAGUUAGGUAGUGACAUUUUAUAAAAUGAAGAUACUGGUAUUCAUAAGAAAUUAGUAAAAUAGCUUUAAUAGUCCAUAAGAAUAAUAACUUUAGAUGCUAACAGAAGUAGCUAGUGUAGGUAGCAGGAUUUGUAUAAGGCAAAACAGUAAAUUUCGUAGUUGCCUAGUAGUAACUAUUUUUUGUUUUAAAUUAGAAGUUCUGCAGGAGGUUUCAGGACCGCGUGGUAACAUUCCUUUGUGUGUAGGAGAAGCUAUGCUCAACGUUGAUGUAACUAGCAGGGCUGUCUAUGAUUUUGAUUACUACCCGUCUUGUAUAUUGGUCAUAGAUUACCUACAUUAACAGCUCUGAAAGAUUUUUGUAGUGUUAUGUUUAAUGGUUCAGUUGGCAGCCUUGCGAUAUAGAUAAACUAAUUAGGUAAGUAGGUAAUGUUUCAGUAACUAGCUAUAGCCACAUCGUAAGAUUAUGUACCUACCUAUAUACUUAGUGAAAAAUCUAUUAACAGAUUAGCAAUAAAUAAAAUUAUUAUCUAGACUGUGAAAAUUUAUAUCAAUUACCGUAUAUAAAAGAGACUUAGCUAGUUACUGUAAUUUACCCUAACUGUAAUGGAAGUAUGGUUGUCGACCUCUUAUGAGUCUUCUUCUUAUUCGAGCUUUCUCCUAGAAUUGUUAAAAUUGAAAAUUUUUAUAUGAAAUAUCUAAAUAACAAACAUAAUAAUUAUAUUAAUGGAAGAGAAUUUAAUGAUCAUUUUAAAGAAAAAUAAAAGAUUUAAUCUACGGAAACAAGGGUGGAAACGAUCGGAUGGUACAACGUUUAAGUUUUUUUUAUAAAUAAAUAUUUAGAAAAAUCACUCCUCCUCGUACAGAAGGAAAGAUAUCCUUUAAGGAGUCCACAUAUAAAACAGAUAAAUAUCAAAUCUUUCUUUCAAAUGUUUCGACGAGUAUUUAAAGUUUUACAAUACUUCUACAACUUGUCAAGAGACCAAACUUUGGUCUUUAAAAUCAAAGUAAAAUCAGUGUUUAAUUUUUCAAUCUAGUCAAAUUCUAAUAAAGUAGGUUAAGAUAGAAUUUAAUGUCAAUCGUAAGUGAAACUUAUGACUUUUGUACUUCAAAAUCUUCCACAAACUGUUCAACAUCUUGAAAAAAAAUGACAAUAAGUUUAAAAACAAGUACCAACUUUCUUAUAAAAAAAGUCAUCGUAACGUCUAGACAGAGAUCUAUUGAGUACCUAUACACGGUGCCCGUGAGCAUUGCGAGAGAUUUUAACAGCUUACCUAUUCCUGAUCCAAUUUAUACUUUUCUGGAUUUCGCCUAAUUUCAGAGUUAUUACCAAUUGGAAAAAAUAUAUUUUCUUAUUGUUACUCAGUACAAAAGGCUUAUUUAACGGCCUCGCUUACAAAUAGUCUCACUAUCCUCAUUGAUAGAUGUCAAAAAAUGAGAAUUAAAACUUUACAAAUUUAGUUUUUUAGAAAAAAAAAUACCUUAAAACUCAUUUUAAGUGCCACCUAC